GCCAAGAAACGAAGAAAAAUGUCAACUUUAGCGAUGUCAACGACGCUAAUACCAUUUUCAUCCACAAUAUCAGCUGCAUUUAUGGCUGCUUUUCGAAAUGAUGUUUUAUGGGCGUUAAUUUUGGGUAUAAUUUUGGCUUUUGUUCUUGCAUUUGCAAUGGGCGCAAAUGACGUUGCAAAUGCAUUUGGCACAUCGGUUGGUAGCAAAGUGUUAACUUUACGGCAAGCUUAUAUACUUGCAGUUAUUUUUGAAACACUUGGAGCAUUACUUAUUGGUUAUAAUGUAACGGAUACGGUACGUAAAGGUGUUAUCGAUUUAACCUUAUAUGUAGAUAAACCAAAAGAAAUUUUUGUUGGGCAAAUUGCAAUUCUUGGAGGUUGCUCAUUAUGGUUAUUGAUUGCUACACUUGCUCGUUUACCAGUAUCAUCAACACAUAGUAUUACUGGUGCAACAGUAGGAUUUGGUUUAAUGACAAGAGGUAUUAUUGGAAUACAAUGGCGAAAAAUUGUUCAUAUUGUUGCUUCAUGGUUUUUGUCACCAAUAUUAUCUGGUGUCGUAUCAGCUAUUCUCUAUAUUAUUCUUGAUCAUUCUGUUCUUAGACGGAAAAAUCCAUUUCGUUGUGGAUUAAGAGCUUUGCCAGUAUUUUAUUGGUUUUGUAUCGUAUUUAAUGUUUUCACAAUUAGUUAUCAAGGAUCUAAAUUACUUCAUUUAUCAAAGUUACCAAUGUGGAUAUGCGCAUUAGUAAGUAUUGGAUGUGCAACAAUUGGCGCAAUUGUCAUACAUUUUUUCCUCUCACCAAAGCUGAAAAUUUGGAUAAACAAUUCACUUAGCAAUAGUAAUACAGGACGAGAAGAUUCAUUUGAGAUUCAAACUAUAAGUGGCAUAAAUGUAUCACAAGAUAAUAUUUUACAUCAAAGAUGUCAUGCAGCAAAAGCAGAAAAUGUUGAUAACUCAAUCAUUAUCGAAGAUGAUAAAACCAUUGAUAGUACAGCAAAGAGGGAUGAUGAAAAACAUCGAUUACAAUUAACUGAUAAUGUCAUUCCGGAUAAAACUUUUCCGGAUUUUCUAUUUGCUCAUAUAAAAUAA